AUGUCGCCUGCUACUGCUACGAAGAAGCCGGUCGUUGCCAAAUCGCCGGCUGCCAAACCUCCUGCGAAGAAGGCGACGACCCCAAAGCCGACUGCUUCAAAGCCGACUCCUGCGAGCCAAUCAGCGUCCAAGCCCCCGGUACCAGCUGCUGUUAAGAGGAAGAAAAAAGAUGACCUUGGUGCUGGACUGCGAAUCUCGAAAGACAAUGUCGAAGCGCAUCCGGCUGGACCACCGCGCUUUGGCGAGUUGACACAGGCAGAACGGGCCUUCACGUUAGCCUCGACGUUCUUGUCCGGCGUUCUGGCUAUAAGCGCAUCCCAGUUUCUAGGCGCACCACUAAAACUGAUUGACCCGCAGUUCUACGAUGGGUACAUGGCCUACACCAAGGAAUGCUUCGCCAUCCUGAUCACAUGUCUCACCCAAUGGUGGGCUCCGACUGUCGUCCGUGUAUCUGGCGACUCCAGCAUGGUCGGUCAACUUAUCAAACGCAAAGACGGAUCAUUACAAUGCAACUUUGCGGAUCGCAUGGUCCUCAUGGCAAACCAUCAACUCUACACUGACUGGCUGUAUAUCUGGUGGAUCGCAUAUACGAACAACAUGCACGGCUUCAUCUACAUCAUUCUAAAGGAGUCGCUGAAGAACAUUCCUAUCAUUGGAUGGGGCGCCCAGUUCUACAACUUCAUCUUUCUAUCUAGAAAAUGGGAGGAAGACCAGCGUACAUUUAAGAAACAUCUCAGCAAGCUGAACAAGAAAGGAGACCCCAUGUGGCUCAUCAUCUUUCCCGAAGGAACAAACCUAUCCAAGACUACGCGCGAAAAGAGCCAGCAAUGGGCGAAGAAGAAUGGUUUGCAGGACAUGAAGCAUCAGCUGCUCCCACGCAGUACUGGUCUCAAGUUCUGCCUUAACGAACUGAGGGAAACAACAGAUUGGCUGUACGACUGCACCAUCGCAUACGAAGGUGUACCAGAAGGUCAAUUCGGUCAGGACAUCUUCACUCUCCGAUCUUCUUUCUUCGAAGGCAGACCUCCGAAGUCAGUCAACAUGCACUGGCGACGGUUCCACCUUGAUGACAUUCCAUAUGAGAACACACACGCUUUUGAGGUCUGGCUAAGGAACCGUUGGAGGGAGAAGGACUACAUGCUAGAAUACUUCAGUCGCCACAACCGCUUUCCCGCAGAAGAUUUCUGGAAGAACCACUUGGAUAUGGACACCAAGAGUGAGAGCAGUAGAGGAAACGGAAACAAGACUAUUCGAACAGUGCCACGACCAGCAGUACAGAUCGAGACGGAAGUCAAGAGCGGCAACUGGAACGAGUUUGUCAAGAUCUUCGCUCCAAUAACUUCGGUCAUGAUGGCCCUAACCGUAGCUUACGGAGCCUCACCCGAAGACCUACCCAUACCAGGCGCCAAAGAAUUCUUCCAAACCCACAUGAAAACGCUCCUCGGCCAAGGAGGCGAAAUUAAAGGCCUCCCAAGCCCCGAGCAACUAGAAAAGAUGAUAGAAGGCGCCGCCCAAAUGGGCGCAGCACAAGCCGCCGGACCCAAAGAAGUACCAGAAGUACAGCGCCUAACACAAGAAAACCUCGCCAAACUAGUCAAAGAAACAGCCAUUGCAAGCGGCGCCGUAAUGCCCAACGGAAUGAGAAGAGCAAGCACAGCACUACCACCACCAAUAACCAAGACGCUACAAACGCCCACUGCUGCAACUCCAGCAGCAAGGCGAGCCCAAAGCGCUGUAAACUUGCCAACAUCAUCAUCAUCGGCAGCAAAGAAACCCACAGCCGCAACGCCCAAAUCAGGCACCGCCGCACAGGCCCGAGCAAAACCCGCGGCAGCAACCAAAAAUUCCACGCCGCAACCCACAGGUCCCAUGAAAGAGAUGAUGACAGCCUCAGGCGUUAUGAUCAAAGUACCUCAAACGGAGGUCGAACAAGCCAAGAAAACAGGUACACUGACCAUGGCGAACGGCGUCAAGAUCAAGGUCGGCAAGGAGGAGAUUGAAAAGGCGCAGGAGAAGAAGGGAACGACGUUUAUGACGGCAGGCGGUGUGCCUAUCAAGGUGACGCCUAGUGGUGCUGUGCAAGUGCCCGAGAAGGUGAGCAAGGGACAAGCGCCGGCUGUGAAGAAGACGGGUGAUUUGGCGAAGAAGAUGGAUACUGUAUCGACGCCGGCGAAGAAGGCGCCUGCUAAGAUAGGGGGUGGAGCGAAUGGGACUGCGAAGAAACCGGCUACUGCUGCUCCGAGGAAGCUUUGA